AUGUCAGGCAGAGCAAGAGCCAGAGCAAGGGGAAGAGCCCGUGGCCAGGAGACGACUACACCUGCUGUGGGACCCCCUACAGCUCCACAACCUGGGUAUGGACCAACUAGGCCACAGCUGCCUCAAGUGGAGCCAUCAGCAGAAGGAGGAGAACUGGUGGGGCGUGGGCGUCAGAAAAGAGGAGCUGUUGCACCAAGAUCAGAGGAACUGCAGAUUUCAGCCGGCUUUCAGGAAAUGACAUUAGGAGAAAGAGGGGGACGUCGUAGAGACUUCCAUGAUCUUGGUGUAAAUACGCGUCAGUCAAUGGAGCAUGUUAGAGAAUCCAAAACAGGUGCCUCAGGUACUAUAAUAAAGCUCAGUACAAACCAUUUUCGGUUGAGUUCUCGUCCUCAGUGGGCCUUGUACCAGUAUCACAUUGACUAUAACCCUGUGAUGGAAUCCCGGCGUCUUCGCUCAGCUUUGCUGUUUCAGCAUGAAAGCCUGAUUGGAAGAACACAUGCGUUUGAUGGGUCCAUUUUGUUUUUACCAAAGAAACUGGAAAACAAGGUUACGGAUGUGUUCAGUCGGACUCGGCAGGGAGAGGACGUGAAGAUUACAAUCACCUUAACUAAUGAGUUGCCUUCUACGUCACCUACGUGCUUACAGUUUUACAACAUAAUUUUUAGAAGGCUCCUGAAGAUUAUGAAUUUGCAGCAAAUAGGAAGAAAUUAUUACAAUCCUGGUGACCCAAUCAGUAUUCCAAAACACAGGCUGAUGAUUUGGCCAGGUUUUACAACUUCUAUACUGCAGUAUGAAACGAACAUAAUGUUGUGCACUGAUGUGAGCCACAAAGUUCUCAGGAGUGAGACAGUUCUGGAUUUCAUGUAUACAUUGUAUGAACAGGUGGAAGAACAGAGGUUCAGAGAAAUAUGUGCUAAAGAACUGGUUGGCUUGAUUGUUCUUACAAGAUAUAACAACAAAACAUACCGGGUGGAUGACAUUGACUGGGAUUCCAACCCCCAAGGUGUCUUUAAGAAAGCAGAUGGAUCUGAAAUCAGCUUUGUGGAUUAUUACAAAAAGCAAUAUAACCAAGAAAUCACUGACUUGAAUCAGCCGGUAUUGGUAAGUCAGCCUAAAAGGAAGGCAGGCCCUGGAGGUAACAUUGUUGGGCCAGCAAUUCUCAUUCCUGAGCUCUGCUUUCUCACAGGACUAACUGAUAAAAUGCGAAGUGAUUUCAAUGUGAUGAAAGACUUAGCUGUGCAUACAAGACUUGCACCAGAGCAAAGAAUGCGUGAAGUGGGAAGGCUUAUUGACUACAUCAACAAAGAUGAUAAUGUCCAGAAAGAACUUCGUGACUGGGGUUUGAGCUUUGAACCCAAUUUGCUUUCCUUUUCUGCAAGAGUUGUUCAGUCAGAAAAGAUCCUUCAAGGAGGAAAAACAUUUGAAUACAAUCCACAAUUUGCAGACUGGUCUAAAGAAAUGAGGGGUGCAUCUCUCAUCAGUGUAAAGCCACUGGAAAACUGGUUGUUGAUAUACACAAGGCGUAAUUAUGAUGCUGCUAAUACACUGGUUCAGAAUCUCUUCAAAGUCACACCAGCUAUGGGCAUACAGAUGAACAAGGCCAUAAUGAUAGAAGUAGAGGACCGAACUGAAGCAUACUUGAAAGCCUUGAAGCAAAAAGUGGCCUCCGACACACAGAUGGUGGUUUGCCUUCUGUCUAGUAACCGCAAGGACAAGUAUGAUGCAAUCAAAAAGUACUUGUGUUCGGAUUGUCCGACUCCAAGCCAGUGUGUACUUGCGCGCACUUUAAGCAAGCCCCAGACAGUAAUGGCCAUAGCCACAAAGAUUGCUUUACAGAUGAACUGCAAGAUGGGUGGAGAACUCUGGAGUGUCGAGAUACCAUUGACACAACUCAUGAUAGUGGGAAUUGACUGUUACCAUGACACUACAAGUGGCCGACGAUCAAUUGCAGGAUUUGUUGCUAGCCUGAAUCGGGGAAUUACACGUUGGUAUUCACGAUGUGUCGUUCAGGAUCGUGGGCAAGAACUUGUAGAUGGGCUCAAAGUUUGUUUGCAAGCUGCUUUAAGGACAUGGUAUACCUACAACAACCGCAUGCCUGCCCGCAUUAUUGUAUAUCGAGAUGGUGUUGGAGAUGGUCAGCUGAAAACCUUGGUUAACUAUGAAGUCCCUCAAUUUUUGGAAUGCUUGAAAGCUGUUGGGAAAGACUACAGUCCUAAGUUAACAGUAAUAGUGGUGAAGAAGCGUGUGAAUACCAGAUUCUUUGCGCAAGUUGGGGGAAGACUUCAGAAUCCACCACCAGGCACAGUGAUUGAUUUAGAAGUUACCAGACCAGAGUGGUAUGAUUUCUUCAUUGUGAGUCAGGCUGUGAGAACCGGCAGCGUUUCCCCAACUCACUACAAUGUCAUCUAUGACAAUAGUGCGUUGAAGCCAGACUACAUGCAACGAUUAACAUACAAGCUCUGUCAUAUGUACUAUAAUUGGCCAGGUGUUAUUAGAGUGCCUGCUCCCUGUCAGUAUGCCCAUAAAUUGGCGUUCUUGGUGGGCCAGAGCAUUCACAGAGAACCCAGCUUGUCUCUUGCGGAGAAUCUGUAUUACUUGUGA